AGCCGUUUAGGCUCGGGUCCUGCGGCGCAGGUCGCUCGCUUCGCCUUCUCGGCGCCGGGGCAGACACCGCGCGCGCGGUGUGCUCCGCGCGCUGCUGGGAGGCGAUGCCCAAGAAGCGCAAGAAGCCGCCGCAGGAGGAGGGCCCGCCGGACGUCUCGCAGGAGCAGCUUGCCCAGGUCCUCGAGGCCAAGAGCACGAAGGCGGUCGACAAGUCCGUCAACGUGGCCAAGCUGACCCUCGAGCUGCUGGAGGCGUCCACCACGCAGCUGGUGCGGCGCAUGGGCUGGUUCCGCGACGUGCGCCUGCGGAGGUCGGGCGCGCCCGCGCAAAGUCUCCGUCGACGCUCGACCGUCCUGGCCGCGGGCAGCCCUCUGCAGAGGCUGGCAGACUCGUUCAUGCGCAGCAGCAAGAUGCACCAACAGGCGUCCUCGCGAGAGAACUGGGAGACCGACAGGGGCAUGGCGAAGCCAUCGCCCCAGGAGCUGGCGGAGUACGAGGAGGCCCUGAAGCAGCACGUCCUCCAGGCGCAGUCGAAGUUUCCGGGCGGUGCCGAUGAACGGCAAGCGCGAGAUCAACGUCAAGGGCGCCGGGCCUGGGAAGGUGGUCGCCACCAAGCUUCACGGGCUGAAGUCCCGCGCGAAGGAGCUGGAGAGACGGCCCAAGUCCGUCAUCAAGGGCACGACCGUGGCGAAGAGGCGGAAGGCCAGGGAGGCCCCGAAGCCGAAGGGCAAGGACGACGACGACGACCUGUGAGCUGUACGGGCUUCGGCGGCUUCGCUGGGUGCCUCUCCUCCUCCGCCUCCUCCUCCUUCCAUCCCCCUCCCUCCUGAAAGGGACCCGCCUCGGCCCCUCGCUCGCCCGUGGGCCUCCUCUGCGCCGCC